UAAUCAGUAAUGGCAGCUGUUAAAAUAGUAGUGACAUAAUUUUGCAAUUAUGUUUAUAAUACAUUCUUGAUUAUUAUACUUAUCUACCUUUUGUGGUAAAUAGUAUUUCCGCUUGCUAAAAUUCAGUCAGUGUGGUUUAUAAAGUUGCUAAAGUUAUUAAUGUUAAUUCUGUCCAAUUAAGAAGUGAACGCCCAUUUAUUAUUUAUUAAUUACUUUACGAAAAUGGAGGAUAUUUUCCAGUGGUGCAAAGAAGGAAAUGCGUUACAAGUAAGGGUUUGGUUAGAUGAACCCGAACAUGAUAUGAAUCAAGGAGAUGAUCAUGGCUUUAGCCCACUUCACUGGGCUGCCAUGAAAGGUCACAACAAAAUUGUAGAAAUGUUGCUUCUACGAGGGGCAAGAGUAAAUGCAACAAAUCGGGGGGAUGAUACACCUCUGCAUUUGGCAGCUGCUCAUGGUCACCGAGAAAUAGUUCAUAUGUUGCUUCGUCAAAGAGCUGAUUUAAAUUUCACAAACGAACAUGGGAAUACACCCCUUCAUUAUGCAUGUUUCUGGGGCUACAAUGAGAUUGCCGAGGAUCUUGUUCAUCAUGGUACAAAGGUCGCCAUUGCUAAUAAAUAUGGGGAAACUGCACUUGACAAAUGUGCCAAAGGUACUCUUGCCAAAAGCCUUCAUGACAUUGCUGUGGAAUCUGGCCAAGACCUCAAGAAAAUUACGUUCAAAGACCAGAGUUGGUUGGGUAUGAAGACUAGAUCUCGAGAUGCUACAUUGUCCCGACACAAAGGUAUAAACUUCAAGGAAUUGGAGCUUAAGAGGAAAAUUGCAGAUACGCAUAGUGGUGUCACCUACGUUGGCAGGUGGCAGAACAAUGAUAUUGUGGCCAAAAUACUGAAAAUCCGUGACGUCACGCCCAGAAUUUCCAGAGAUUUUAAUGAAGAGUUUCCCAAACUACGUAUAUUCUCCCAUCCUAAUAUACUACCUGUUAUUGGCUGCUGUAACAGCCCACCUAAUUUAAUAGUCAUCAGCCAGUAUUUACCACUGGGAUCGCUGUAUAACGUUUUGCAUGAAGGAAGUGGCGGAAUCGUCGUCGACACAGCGCAAGCCUUACGUUUUGCCAUAGACGUCGCCAAGGGAAUGGCAUUCUUGCACAGCCUUGAGCGUACGAUUCCGGAAUACUUCUUAAAUAGUCGUCACGUGAUUAUCGAAGAGGAUCUAACGGCUCGAAUAAAUAUGGCAGAUGCCAAAUUUUCCUUCCAAGAGAAGGGUCGUAUUUACUAUCCAGCGUGGAUGUCACCGGAGGGGCUGCAAAAGAAAAUUGCCGAUAGGAACUGGGAGGCGUCCGACAUGUGGAGUUUCGCUAUAUUACUCUGGGAACUUGCCACUCGCGAAGUGCCCUUUGCAGACCAAAGCCCAAUGGAAGUCGGUAUGAGGAUCGCUCUUGAGGGUUUACGGAUUAGUAUCAAGCCGGGUAUCCCGGCCCAUCUGACUAAGUUGAUUAGAAUUUGUAUGAACGAAGACCCGGGUAGAAGACCUACUUUUGACCAGAUUAUUCCCAUCCUUGACAGAAUGACUCAUUAACUUUUAUAUUUCGUCGAUGUGUUCACAGCUUUAACUUUGGGUGCCUAUUUACCUACAAUUCUUACUCUAAAGAUCUGUAACAUUAGUUUUAGACGAAAAAAAUUACCGUUAUUAACUUAAAAGUCCAAAACAUUUUUGCUGUAAUUCGGAAUAAGUCAUCAGAUGUAACCAUGGGGGCAAUUAGCCCGGAUUCUAAGGGGGGUGAGCAAAUUUGAAAUAUCAGAAUAUAAAAUCUCCCAAAUUUAAGGUCCGUGAGUAAAUUGUAUACGAUCUAAAAAUCAGCAACCGAUGCUGAACAGUGCGCUAACAAAUAUACAGGGUGUUCUCAAUGUUGAGUCAUUUAUUUUGACAGCUGGUAGAACUAAUAAAAAAAGUCGAUU